GUUGUCAAAGUCAAAUAUUUUGACAAAUGUGUGAAAUAAUUAAAAUUUGUUUAUAAUUCUUAAAUGAUUAUUUAUAUUGCUUGUAAGUGUAUACAAUGGCGUUAUAUCCGAACGCCAUACGCCAAACAUUACGGGAAUGGGCACCUCUAACUGAAUUGUUUGCUAAAUUACCAACAAAACACCAAAAUGGCAUAUUUUACCAAGAAAUUAAACUAACUUGUAUUGAUGUUUUACCCGAAUUUAUAGCUCUUGGAACAAAUUCGGGAAUUGUUUACUGGUUCGAUAGAAAUAAAAAAGAUAUGCAGAGACUGAGAUGUGAAAACAACAUUUCCAUAACUGCCUUAAAAAUUAUCUCCACAGUAGAUUACAUGGUAGCUUGUGGUAAUGCAGCAGGCAACAUCAACAUCUUCCAGAUUCCCAAGUCAUACCCUGAUAAUUUACCAGACAGUUUGAAACCCAAAAACAAACAAGUAGAAAGGUAUACUGUAGCUGGCUUGCAUAAGGCUUCAAUAAGUGCAAUCGAUUGGUCAAAGAAUGGAAUGAAAUUAUUUUCAGGUGAUAAAAACGGCGGCGUAGUACUCACGGAGAUAGAUUUUUAUAUGCACAUAUGUAAAUCGGUAGAAAUAUUAAAUGAAGCGUACGAAGUAGUUCAGUUAAGUUACAAUCAACAGCGACUACUUGUAUCAACCACUUACAGAAGCAUCAUAUGCCAAAAAUUAGACAAAUGGAAGGUGGCUCAGGUGGGAACAAAAGAUCGGAAAGUGCUUGGCAAUUUUGGAGGUAUUAUAUAUCAACAUAGUGAAAAACCGUCUGACACAUGCUUAUAUUGUACUAGGCCCGGAUUAAGAAUGUGGAUAUCAGAUGUUGAUGGAAACGUUCAAAAAACAUUAUUAUUUAAGGAACUACUUACAAAAGAAUGCCCAGAAGUGCCGCUCAUAAACCCAAUAUCAGUGAACCUAAAACGAUUAAAGCCUCAGAAGGAAUCUGCUUUUGGAAUACUACUACCAUUCAAUGAAAAACUUUUAGUUACUUAUAACAACGACAUUGUAUACAUAUUAGAUCCCAAGGAAAUGACCAUCAUAGCUACAGUUAGUCAUCUAAGGGGCGUUCUACAUGUUGCCACGCACAGAGAUGAAAUUUUCAUUUUAGAAGAAGAUAGGAGCUUAGUUAGGAUAUCAUUUAGGCCGGAAACAAUGGGAAGUGUAGCCUCCACCACAACGGACUCAUUUUUACCUCUAAAUUCAUUAAAAGACCUCACAUCGAAAUUACAGUCUACCAACAUCAUCCCAGCUAUACCUCCAAUCGUAGAAAACGUCUUUAACCAUGAUAUGAACGUACACACCGACGAAACUAUAAUAAUGAAUGCCGAAGAAGCCCUAGAAUCUCCCUCAAGAACUAGCAACAUCACUCAUGAUGUACAAAAGAAAUUUGAAGAAAUAGGAAAAAAGGAGUUCGAACAUAAUAUUUUAUUUAAGAAGAGUAGAUAUAAGAAAAAGCGAAAAUCUUUGGAUACCAGUACGAAUAGUUUAAGCUCCAAUAGUUCCGAAGAAAGAGAAUCAAAUAUUAUUAAGCCGACCAUAAUGAAUCUUAGUUCUGUGGGUGUGCUACCUGAUUUACGUAGUCCAGAGUCUAUUAAAUCCGACAUAGAGUAUAAAGAGAGAUUAUUAGCAGACAUUUUAAGUUUAGACAAAGUUAAAAUAUCGAAUAUAGAAGAUAAUUUAGAAUCGAAUAAUUCUGAAAGCGAAUGUGAUGAUAAAGUGAUUAGUUACGAAAAAGAAGAAGAAAAUAUUCCAAAAUUUGAUUGUGAUAAACUUAAAUUAUUUGAAAAUAUAGAACCUUUAAGAGUUAACUACAAUCCACCGUUGUCAACACUGCUACCUAAAACGUCAACACACAAUAUCAUAGAUAAAAAAAUCGAUCAUAUCAAACAAGACGCUUCCAAUAUGUCAACGCACAAAUCUGCAACGUCUCCGAAGAUUCCAGAUGCCCCAGCUUGUAUGAACAUCCCAAAUACGUGGGGCCUGAGCAACAUACAUUUGAGAGAACGAGCCAUUAGUGUUAAAUCGGAUGAUUCACUAAGUGAUUGGGAAUUUGUCUAAGAUUAAAAUAUUUGAUAUAUUAUUGUGAUUUUUCAACGUAUUUGUAUUUAAAUAAUUAUUAUAUUUUUAUUUGCAUUGUUAAAAUAUUUUCUUUACAUUUAUUUUAAAAUAAAUAAAGUUUUAU